AUGCUGCUCCUCACCCUCUCCUGUUUAGCCUCCCUGACCAGCGGUGUCCAGGCAGGCUGUGGCCUCCGACCAUCCUACGAGUCCUUCCAGAGCACUGGCAAGAGGAUUGGGACAGGGACAGACGUCACACCCGGGGAAUUCCCAUGGCACGUGAGCAUCCAGAGCCAUGGGAAGCACAUCUGUGGAGGCACCAUCAUCAGUGCACUGUGGAUUUUAACUGCAGCCCACUGCUUUGCAGAUGAGCUGCCACCAGAUCUGACGGUGGUGGUGGGGGGAGUUAACCUCAGCCUCCCUCUGGAAGAGUGCAACCCAGACAGCCUCAUCCUGCACGAGGAGUUCAACAGGACCAGCCUGCAAAAUGACAUUGCCCUGAUCCUGCUCAGCACUCCCAUCGAGUUCAGCACAGAGAAGAUUCCCAUCUGCCUGCCCUUCGUGUGUGACAGGGACAUGUGGCAGCACUGCUGGGCUGCUGGCUGGGAGAGCACGAGUUCCACUCCCCACCUUCCUGCAUCCCCUGUGCUGCAGAAAACAAGGAUGAAGCUGAUCAGCAGGGAGAAAUGCCUGAAGCACGUCCCACACCUCGUGGGGGGCAUGAUGUGUGCUGAGACAGAGCAAGGAGAAGGAGAAGGAGGAGGAGGAGGAGGAGGCUGCCAGGUGGACAGCGGGGGACCUCUGGUCUGCAGCUACUGGGACACCAUGAAGUGGUUCCAGGUCGGCAUCAUCAGUGGAGGAAACCCAAAGCACAGGAUUUUAACCCCUGUUUUCAACUACCAGGACUGGAUUGAGAAGGAAACAGCCAUAAGGGGAAAGCCUUUCUUCACUGAGGGUGUGGACAGUGGAACACAUCUCAGGGUUGCUCGUUCGAGGGCUGGAAGACAGGUGGUGUUUUGGGGGUGUUGUCUCCUUUUAUUCAUCUUUUUAAUAGCAAUUAAAUUACUCUGA